AUGACUGAAAGACAGCGAGAGCUGUACGACCAAGUCAACAAUGCGAGUGAAAAGCUCGUUCUGCACAAAAAGCAGAUUGACGAUGCUGGAGCGCGAGCGAUUGCUGAAGCAUUCAAAGUGAACACGACGCUGAAGGAGCUCGAUCUGUACCAGAAUCAGAUUGGCGAUGCUGGAUUGCAGGCCGUUGCUGAGGCACUCAAAGUGAACACGACGCUGACUUCUCUUGAUCUGGAAGAGAAUCGGCUUGGCGAUGCUGGAGCGCACGCAAUCGCUGAAGCUCUCAAAGUGAACAAGACGCUGGAUUGGCUCAAUCUGAAUAAGAAUCAAAUUGGCGAUGCUGGAGCGCAGGCGAUUGCCGAGGCACUCAAAGUGAACACGACGCUGAGUUCUCUCCAUCUUGGUGACAAUCAGAUUGGUGACAUUGGAGCGCAGGCAAUCGCUGGGGCACUCAUGGUGAACAAACAGCUGUGGUGGCUCGAUAUACGAUUCAAUUUCAUUGGCAAGGCUGGUCUUCAAGCGAUUGGUGAAGCGCGUCAAGUCAACCGAACUCUGAAUAGACUUUUGAUCGACACGCAGAUCAACCCUCUUGUAUUCUCCUCGCGUCCACGAUUGGCAACUGCUGAAGACCUUCAGAACGUGUUUCACUUGCUGAGCAGUGGACUGGCGCUGGAGGAUCAACCCACAUCUCUACCAGCACUGCCAGCCGAGAUUGCCGAGCUCAUUAUGGACGAAGCGCACUACUGGCAAGGCGUGCAGCACACCAAGCGAUCGCAUUUUUAUGAUUCCCCCGAGCGUAUUCUGAAAGUCACACUACCUCAAAGGAUUGAUGGAGGUUCGGUUCGUGUGAAAGCAAUUCAAGUGUUUCGUGACAUGGGAAACCGUUUCGACAGCAACGGCAGCAGCGGCUUUGAUUUGAUUAUCCGAAAUGAGCAAGGCGCUGUUCAAUACGAAUUUUCAGCAAAACCGACUUUUGUCAAUUCGAGCCUCGAGCUUGUGACAAUCCUGCCAGCCAAUCAUCCUGUCAUCCGACAAAUGCGCGCCGGUUGGCAGGUUCAAGUUCGAGCCAGCAAGUCUUCUCGAGAUGUGCAGUUUGAAUCGCUUUAUGUUGGCUAUGUCUAA